UGGCGCCCUCGUGCAUGUGAUUAGCUGCUGGGCCCGCUACGGGACUGCACUGGACCGGAGGACCGCAAACUAGCUUCUCUGGUGGAGGUCCUUUGUGGAGUUUUAUUCCUUGGAUGGUUUUGGAUGAUGGCGCUGGAUGGAUCUAAUAUUUACGCUUUUUAGCGGCGCUAAUCCCUGGCGGAGGUUCUCCCGAUGGAUUCUCCUCGCUGGCGACAGCAACGAGGUUGGGAUGAUUGGAAGGCGGGGCUCUGCUAGGCUCCACGCUCGGCGUCUAAACUGAAGGACGAGCAUCGGCCAUGUCCUCCCACAGCUUCCAGUGCUUCAGCGCCGUCUCUGGGGACACCUCCCAAAAACACCCCACCUGCAGGCUGCCCCGCAUCUCCCAUCACGACCCCGUGGCGGCCGAAUGCUGCCUGUGCUCGGAGUACAGACACGCCCGCACCAUGGAGGCGCUGCAGUCCUUGUCCUCUCUCUGUCACUACGACCACCAGCGCCACCGUCAUACCCAUCAUCAUCCUCACCAGUAUGUCCGCUGGAGGCCCAGCAGGCCCGAGGAGAACCCCGGGGCGCCUCAGCGGCACGCUAAGAGGGUGGUGCUGGUGAAAAACAGCGACCCCUCGGUGAGGAAGACCAUCGUCUUACAUCGCAAGGGGCUGCGCAGCUUUGGACUUUUCCUGGAGGAACUCUCUGAGCUCAUGCAGUACCACGUCAGGAAGGUGUACACUCUGGACGGGCACAAGGUUGAAAAUGUGCAAAGUGUCAUGCACUGUCCCGGUGUUCUGGUCUGCGUGGGUCGGGAUCCAUCUCACCCCUCCGUUGUGGAGAGAUUUCGAAAAGCUGCAGAAGAAAAAUUGCCAACGCUGAACGCAAUGGCACAAUCCGCUGGCUGCGCAGACAGCGACGACGGACACACCGUUCAACCGAAACUAGGAUCUACCAACCAAUCCACGAGGCAUUCAGUGUCUUCUGAGAAGUCACUUCCAGAUGGAACAGAAUCACCAGAAGAUGUUACCUUCUGUCCAGCCACCGCUGACAAAUUAAUUGAUGACGAUGUAGAGAAACUAGUCCAUGUCAACAAAGAUGGCAGCUUGUCCAUGAAGAUGAAAGUGCGCUUUCGGCUAGAGGAGGAAACCUUACUGUGGUCGACAGAAGUGAGAAAAAGCUCCAAUAGGACCGGCGAGCACCUUCAGGAGCAAGCCGUCGGAAGAAGCUGCUCAGGUUCUGAAAAUGUUUCGGAACCGGGUGAGGUGUACGUCACAAGGCACCACCAAAGACACAAUUCUCGUUGUCCACACUGCUGUAGUCAAAGAAGAGAGUCCAACAUUUGGACAAACACGGCGGCAGGUUCUCAGGAAGAAAGUCGCGGCAUUCACACAUCAAGCUCAAGCGCAUCCUCGCACACAGUGGUUUCCAGAAAAACCACGGUUGAAAAUCUGCAAACUGUGGCCAGAUCGGACGAGGAGCACAAAGAAGAAGUGGUGGAGCAUGUUGAAGCGUCUGAAACGGUGGAGUAUAGCACCAUCCGCAGUGAGUCUUACGUGGACACUAUGGGCAACUGUGAGGCUGAGCAAGAAGAAGAACCUGGAUCUACAAGAUCUUCAAGACCACCCUCACAGAGUGGGAAACCUGAGGAGAUCACAGCAGAUGACACUUUGAGGCAAUCAUCACCGGAAUCUAAUCACUCAAAGAACUCCACCAAGAAGUCCAAAAAGAUCUAUGCGUGUCACUGUGGAGCAUCUGAUGUAAACUCUGAGGAGACAGUUGCAGUUACGUCUGGCCAAUCAAACUCAAAAGAAACAAAUACUGCAGAACCUGAGGGUUUGGAGGAGGAACGAUCCAAAAGUGCCAUGUCCAUUCGUUCAAAUGCCUCAACAAAGUGCAAACCAGAACUCUUAGAGUGUGAAGAAAGACCAUCAAGUCAAACAUCAGCCAAGUCUGAGGUGACAAGUGAAUGUCAAUCAGAAAAGGAAGCCACUGGCGAAAGACCAGCAACUUCCUUGUCGUCUGCUCAUGUGGAUGCGGCUGACAAAGAAUCUGCCAAAGAAGUCCAAGACCAACCCGAGGAAAGUGAGAAUGGACAGCGAACACAAAGCCAAAUGUUAAUUAAAUCUUCUACAAAGUCCAAAACACUUGAACAAAGUCUAGAAGAGAAAUCAGAGGUGAAUGUUGAUGAACUAGAAUCUACGAAGGCUGGAGAAGAUCAAGAAAGAGCGCAGAGUGUCCUGUCAGCAACAUCCGGAAAGUCUAAAACCUUGGAAGUUGACAAGGAAGUACAAGACACAGAUGCAGUGUUAAAUACUGAUGGCUGCACUGAGGAGGAAACUGAUGACAGACCUCCUAGUACCAUGUCCAUAGUAUCUGCCAUUUCAGAUGCAAGGUCAAGGAAAUCAAAAACCCCAGAAGUUGAUGCUGAUCGAUAUACUACAGAGGCAGCUGAAGGUAGACCACAAAGCACAAAGUCAAUCAACUCAGUAAAGUCAGAAAAGACCAGUGUUUCUGCAAGAUCUCGCCAAUCUAAGUCACUGGAAGCUCCAGGCGAUGAAUGUCAAAUUGAUGGAGCUCCAACUGAAGAAGAAGCAGCGAGCAACACAUCAGCCAAAGUGAGCAAUUUGGAAGUAGAAGACGACGUCUCACAUUACGAGGAUGAGGACACACAGGGACCUAAUUCAGGCAACCACAGUGAAUUUGAAGCAAGAUCACACAGUGCCAUGUCAGAAAAAAAUGGGAAGUCAGAAUCAUCUGCAAUAUCUGUAAAGUCUGAAGAUAGGACUGAAGAAAAUGGCAAUGAUGCACCAAGAGCACAAAGUGCAAUGUCUGCCAAAUCAAAAGCAUCUGAAGGAUCUUCUAAAUCCAAAGCCUCUCAGAUGGUUCUUGGACAAAAUGACGAAGAAGAUACUGGACAAGGAGCUAGCCAGAGGUCACCAAGUGGCAUGUCAACCAAAUCUGCCAAGUCAAGCGUUUGUUCGAGGUCAAACGAGGAUGAGCGGGAACCAAGUGUGAUGUCGGUAAAGUCGGAGCGAUCAGCCAAGUCAGUCAAAUCGACGCGAUCUGCUAAAUCUAACAUCUCCAAACCUAAUGUUUCUUCACAAUCCAAUGUUUCUGAAGUUCCUCUGGAAGAUGGUGUCGAUAUACUUGAAGAUGAGGACACAAAUGGUAGAGCAACAAGCGGCAUGUCAGCCCGAUCCAACAAAUCCACAAGAUCAAACAAGUCGAAAUGCUCUGCUGAUGUUCAAGUGGAGGAGAAGUCUCAGUGUUCCAUUGAAGAAACAGAAGAAAGGGCCUCAAGCUGCAUGUCAUCAAAAUCAAUCCAGUCACAUGUUUCUGCAGAGAGACCGCACAGUGCUUUUUCUGCAAAAUCAGCAAAAUCACACGUUUCUAGGAAAUCUACAAAAUCAGAUGUUUCUGGAAUUUGUGCCAAAGAUGUUGAAGAGGAAUGUGAUGAGAGAUCACACAGUGCGAUGUCAGCCAAAUCUGCAAAGUCUUCUCUUUCUGUAAAAUCAAAAGUAUCGAAUGUUUCAACUGAUCCCUGUGAUCACCAAGAGAGGGUGCCAAGCAGCAGGUCAGUCAGAUCAGAAAGAUCUACAAAAUCAAACGUUUCAGUAACAUCUAAGUCCAUGAAGGACAGUCCAUCUGAUCAUGGUAUGGAUUCUCUCCAAGAAGAACAAACUGAAAGCAGAUCAAUAAGUUCACUAUCAGUUUUAUCAAGUGUUUCAGCGAGUAAGUCCAAAUGUUCAACUGAAGGUCCAGCUGAACAAUGCAGGCUUAAGUCACGUGCUUCUGAGACAUCGGUGGUAUCCAAUGUGUCAGAGGUUCUGUCUGCAGAAGUCUCAAGUAGAGCGGGGAGUAAAGUGUCUGCCAAAUCCAUCAAGUCCAACAAAUCUAAAAUCUCAGCUGAUGAAAAUGCUUCUUGUCAUGAUCCAGUAGAAAGAGCUUUGAGCAACUUGUCCAUCAAAUCAGCAAAAUCUGCAAAGACAAGCGUCUCUGGUGUAUCUCGGGAUGUUUCUGAGCUGACCAGCGAACACAGCAUUGAAAUCGCUGAAAUGGAGAGUGAAGAGCAGCGGAGUUCAAGGCAGUCAGUCGAGUCAUGUACAUCAGCAAGAGCAAACGGGUCCGAAGAUGUAGAAAGUCCUGAACGUGUAGAUAAUAAUGAGGACGAGGAGCGACGUGAAGCUGAAGAAUCAGUCCAGUCACAAGCAUCUGGUGUUGCUAAAGAGGUGACUAUGCAAAGAGCUGCCAGCUGCUUGUCAGCAAGCUCUGCAAAGUCAAAGUCUUCAGGCCUCUCUCUGUUAAAUAAAGACAUUGAGAAUCACGAUGACGUAUCAGAAAUGAGAUCAGCAAGCAAAGCAUCCACCAAAUCAACCAGGACAAACAGAUCUGGCUCAUCAAGAGCGACAUGUGAGGCUCCUUCUGAAGAAAACGCUACAAACGGUGAGGAGGCAGUGCAGAGACCGCUGAGUGCCACAUCAGCACAGUCAGACAUAUCAGCAAAAUCCUCACAUGCGGUGCACGAAAACAAUGAAGCCAAUACGGAGAGAGCACCGAGUAGUUUCUCUGGCAAAUCAAUGAAAUCCAAGAAGUCAAAUUCCUCAGCAGCAUCAAAGAAGUCAGACGCUGCUGUAGAUGUUGUUAAUAUUGACGAAACUGAAAUCAAAUCAAAUAAAUCAGUAAAGUCUGUUGUGUCUGGAGAAUCCAAAUAUUCUGUACAGCCUGAAAAUGAAUGUGGCGAAGAAGACUGUGAAGAAUUAAGAAUCCCAAGUGCGAUGACCAUCAAAUCAGAUGUAUCUUUAAAAUCAAGGACAUCAAACAAAUCAGAAAAGUCAGCUGAAAUACCCGCUGAGGACGUUGAUGUAAUCAGUGGGACUCCAAGUGUUUUGUCCAUCAAAUCAAAUGUAUCUUCAAGAACCAGAAAGUCUGGAGUAGCUCCCAGCGAACAGACUGAUAAAAGAACCCAAAGUGCACUGUCAAAUGCAUCUGUAAAAUCCAAGAAGUCAGAAGUUCUUGCUGUGGCAGUUGAGGAAUCAGAAGAAAGAACACCUACGGCCAUGUCAUCCAAGUCCAAAGUGUCAGCAACAUCGGAUGCUCUGGAAAGAAAAAGCCAAAGGAAAGGACAAAACUCUGUAUCUGUCAAAUCUGUAAAAUCCAAGAAAAGUGAUGACGACAACGGACCUACCAAUGGAGAUGUGAGCUCAGGGAGAGGACUAAAUGGGCCUACAGAUCACAUGGACGCUGUCAUUGACAACAACAAAAGUGACCAAGAGAAGAUGGAUGCUGAUGAUGCUGCGAUAGUUCCAUCAAACCUGCCAAAUGCUUCCCUAACUGAGGUCGUAAAUGAAUGGCUUAAAACCAUACCAGCUGACGGCGAACUGUGCGACGUGGAGGAGUUUAACUGUGACAGGCUCAAAAGCAGCACCACAGUCGACGAAAACAACGAAGACUCCGCCGUUGACAAUAUAAACGAACCAAACGAUGUGAAAGGUGUUUCUGGAGAUGAAUGUCAACAAACCACAGAGGAAUCAAAUGGAGAUCAUGGAGAUAAUGACUCCAAGAUGUUUUACUCUUCUGUGCAGGUGAUGAGAGUACUUCUAAACCCAAAGCUGGACAGAUGCAACAGUUUACCAGAGGUUUCUCCCGCAUAUGGACGCAAAUUAAGCACUUCAGCCAGAGGUUUCUUGGAUUGCCUGGUGAAGUUGCAGUUCAUAGACCACGAUCCUAAGAACACAGAUGAAAAAUGUAAACGAUAUAAAGCACUGAUGGAGAUUCUUCAAUCCCUUUGGUUACGCGACUCAGACAAUGAACCUGUCUUAGAAAAGGACCGCCAUUCUGACGAGGAAUUCAUUCACACGUCCUCUUCUGGCGUGGAUGUCAACAGUGGCUCCACAGGUUCUGGAAAGAGCAGCGACUGUGCAAAUGGUAAUCAAGCACAAACUCUCGCAGAUACGUUUAGCAAAGCACAGGAAGUCCACCAGCAUGAAGAAGCAGGAGGAGGAGAGGAGGGAUUACCUGAGGGAAACCAAAAGGGAGACCCAUCCACAAAUGAAACCACUGGAAGUAAUGAUAGUCCAAGAGAACUGUCUGAAAGUCCACCAUCCUCAGGCAAUGGUGAGCGGCUUGAAACAGACUCUAUGUCUGAGAGUCCAGUGCAGUCCAGCAAACGCAUUUGUCAAGACCCUGAUCCUGUUUGGGUCUUGAGUUUACUAGCCAAUGUAGAGAAGCAGUUCAUGACUCAUUACAUCAACGCAAUGAGAGAGUUCAAAGAUCACUGGAACUUGGAUGAUAAUGAGCAGCUGAACAGGAUGAUAGGAGAACUUCAAAGACGCAUCCAAACCAGCAUACAAAAAGAACUGGGCAAGAUCAAAGAUCGAGGAGGCCUACCGAGGCCUCCGAAAGAAGCAAAGUCCAGGCCUUCAACGACCCAAACUGACGAGAGGCGACGAAGGCUUAAGAUCAAAGCCAAACAGUCGUAUGAAUCGCAUUUGGGAAAAAGCGAUGAUUCGACAACAAGCACAGUUUACAGUGACCAGCGUGCAGAAACCGUGGAUGAAAACUGUCCGUGCGAAUCAUGCAUUAAGAAACGCCCUGAGGAAAUUAUGAGCACUGCCCCGCUUCUCAACGACUUUGACCUAAACAGAAACCUUCAUACGAGGAACGACGAUCCUACAGAUGACUCUCUCGCCAACACUGAUACUAAAGCAGCAGCAACAAUUGUUGGACAGAUUCUGGAGAAAGCCAUAAACCAAAUGGAGGAAGAUGAAGCUGAGGUUGAGGUUGGGGUCACAGGUGGAGAUGUUUCUGUCGAGGAGCCUGGUGAGGCCAAAGAAGAAAAAGAAGCCAAGCUAAGCGAAGACCAAACAGAAGUUCCAUUUGAAGAUAAUUCCACCACUAAUGCCGAUAUGCCACAAAAGCAAGCAGCUGUAGCAUGUCAAGCUGUGACUGCUGUUGUAGCUAACGAGACAACUGCUGCCAGUGGACCAGAGACGGAUGACGCCUCCAUCGUGCAGGACUCAAAUGAAUGUGCAAACACUGACGAUGGGGUUUCUGCGGAAAACGAGAUGAUGGCUGAAAUCAACACAGCUGAAGCGGUCACAAGUGAACAUGAAUGUGAAGAAGAUGGGGAAGUCGAAGUUGAUGGUGAAGAGCAAACUCCUGCUACCAGCGGAGAAGAGAAUGAUGACAAUGCUGAGAAUGAUGAUGCAGAAACUGUGGAUCAGGACGCUGCAGAAGAUGAGAUGAUAAACGCAAAUGAAACCAUCACGGCUGAAGAUGAAGAUGCAGCACAAGAAUCCAUCAGUGGUGAAGAGGAGGGUCUUGGUAUGACUGGAGAUGAGAAUAACAACACAACCACUGAUAACGAGGUUGCUGCAGAAGAUGAGAUGAUGAGGGAAGAGGUUGAGGAAACAGCUGUAGCAGAAGAAGUGACGAUAGAUGAAGAAAGGUCAGCCAUUGGUGAAGAAGCGACUCCUGCUGCCAGUGGAGAUGAGAAGGAUGAGGUAGCCACUGAGUUUGACGACACAAAUGCUGCCGAUGAGGUUGCUGCAGAAGAUGAGAUGAUAAGCGAAGAGGUUCCUGAAACUGCUGAAACUGAAAAUGCAGCAUCAGAAGGUGCCAUGACAGCCACCAGUCAACACAAAUCCGAGGAAGAUGAAGAAGAAGAAGCUCCUGCUACCAGUGAAGGAGAGAACGAUGACUCAGCCACUGACAAUGAGAUCACCAAUGCUGGAGAAGAUCAGAAGAUGAGUGAAGAGGGUGCUGUAAGUGACGAUAAAGACGAAGAACAGAGAAUCGGUGGUGAAGAAGAGACUCCUGCCAUUAGUGGAGAUGAGAAUGAUGAUGCACCUUCUGAGAACGACAACGUAAAUGAUGAGGUUGCUGCAAAAGAAGAGAUCAGUGAGGAAGUUAGCGAAGCAGCUGAAGCCAAAGAUGCAACACAAGAUGAUGAUGAAUCUGACACAGUAAGUGCUGAAGAACAGAUUCCUGCCACCAGUGGAGAUGAGAAUGAAGAUGCAGUUCCUGAUGAAGAUGUUGCGGAACUUGAGAAGAUGAGCGAAGAAGCUGCUGAAACAGCUGAAGAUGCAGAGGAAAAGGCCACCAUGACCGCUUCAAAGGCAGAGGCAUCUGAGAAAGAGGAAGACGAAAAGGAGACUUUUGUUACAUGUGGAGAUGAGAAUAAAGAUGCAGCCACUGAUGCUGAGGUUGCUGCAGAAGAUGAGAAGAUGAGUGAAGAGGUUCCCGAAACAGCAGAAGAUGCAGCAGAAGAGGCCACCAUGACGGCUACAAACAGGGAUGAAUCUGAGAAAGAGGAAGAAGAAGAUAAUGAGACUCCUGACAAUAAUGGAGAUAUAAAUGAGGAUGCCACCACUGAUAAUGAGGUUGCUGCAGAAGAUGAGAAGAAGAACGAAGAGGUUGCUCAAACAGCUGAAACUGAAGAUGCAGCACCAGAGGUCACCAUGGCAGAGGAUGAUGAAGAAGACAGAGCAAGCGGUGAGGAAGACACUCCUGUCACUAGUGGAGAUGAAAAUGAGGAUGCCGACACUGAUGAUAAUGUUGCUGCAGAAGAUGAGAAGACGAGUGAAGAUGUUGCCGAAACAGCAGAAGAUGCGACAGAAGAGACCGCAGUGACGGCCACAAAUGAGAAUGAAUCUGAAAAAGAGGAAGAAGAAGAAAAUGAGACUCCUGUCACCAGUGGAGAUGAGAAUGAGGAUGCCACCAGCGAUAAUGAGGUUGCUGCAGAAGAUGAGAAGAUGAGUGAAGAGGUUGCCGAAACUGCUGAAGAUGCAGCAGAAGAGACCACUGUGAUGGCCACAAAUGAGAAUGACUCUGAGAAAGAGGAAGAAGAAGAAAAUGAGACUCCUGUCAAUAAUGGAGACGAGAAUGAGGAUGCCACCAGCGAUAAUGAGGUUGCUGCAGAAGAUGAGAAAAUGAGCGAAGAGGUUACCGAAACUGCUGAAGAUGUAGCACAUGAGGCAGACAAAGAAGAAGAAAAUGAAACUCCUGUCACUAGUGGAGAUGAGAAUGAGGAUGCCGCCACUGAUGAUAACAUUGCUGCAGAAGAUGAGAAGAUGAGUGAAGAGGUUGCCGAAACAGCAGAAGAUGCAGCAGAAGAGACCGCCGUGAUGGCCACAAAUGAGAAUGAAUCUGAGAAAGAGGAAGAAGAAGAAAAUGAGACUCCUGUCACCAGUGGAGAUGAGAAUGAGGAUGCUACCAGCGAUAAUGAGGUUGCUGCAGAAGAUGACAAGAUAAGCGAAGAGGUUGCCGAAACUGCUGAAGAUGUAGCACAUGAGGCAGACAAAGAAGAAGAAAAUGAGACUCCUGUCACUAGUGGAGAUGAGAAUGAGGAUGCCGCCACUGAUGAUAACAUUGCUACAGAAGAUGAGAAGAUGAGUGAAGAGGUUGCCGAAACAGCAGAAGAUGCAGCAGAAGAGACCGCCGUGACGGCCACAAAUGAGAAUGAAUCUGAGAAAGAGGAAGAAGAAGAAAAUGAGACUCCUGUCACCAGUGGAGAUGAGAAUGAGGAUGCUACCAGCGAUAAUGAGGUUGCUGCAGAAGAUGACAAGAUAAGCAAAGAGGUUGCCGAAACUGCUGAAGAUGUAGCACAUGAGGCAGACAAAGAAGAAGAAAAUGAGACUCCUGUCACUAGUGGAGAUGAGAAUGAGGAUGCCGCCACUGAUGAUAACAUUGCUACAGAAGAUGAGAAGAUGAGUGAAGAGGUUGCCGAAACAGCAGAAGAUGCAGCAGAAGAGACCGCCGUGACGGCCACAAAUGAGAAUGAAUCUGAGAAAGAGGAAGAAGAAGAAAAUGAGACUCCUGUCACCAGUGGAGAUGAGAAUGAGGAUGCUACCAGCGAUAAUGAGGUUGCUGCAGAAGAUGACAAGAUAAGCAAAGAGGUUGCCGAAACUGCUGAAGAUGUAGCACAUGAGGCAGACAAAGAAGAAGAAAAUGAGACUCCUGUCACUAGUGGAGAUGAGAAUGAGGAUGCCGCCACUGAUGAUAACAUUGCUACAGAAGAUGAGAAGAUGAGUGAAGAGGUUGCCGAAACAGCAGAAGAUGCAGCAGAAGAGACCGCCGUGAUGGCCACAAAUGAGAAUGAAUCUGAGAAAGAGGAAGAAGAAGAAAAUGACACUCCUUUCACCAGUGGAGAUGAGAAUGAGGAUGCUAUCAGCGAUAAUGAGGUUGCUGCAGAAGAUGAGAAGAUGAGUGAAGAGGUUCCCGAAACUGCUGAAGAUGCAGCAGAAGAGGCCACCGUGACGGCCACAAAUGAGGUUGAAUCUGAGAAAGAGGAAGAAGAACAUGAUAUUCCUGCCACUAGCGGAGACGAAAAUGAGGCUGCAGCCAUUGAUGAGGAUGCCGCAGAGGAUGAGAAGAUGAGCGAAGACAAUACUGAAACAGUUGAAGCUGAAGAUGCGGAACACGAGGCUGCCCCAGGCAAUGAUGAAGCCGAGAAAGAUGAAGAUAUCCCUGGUAAUCUGGAGACUCCUGUCACCAGUGGAGAUGAGAAUGAAGACUCUGCCUCAGAAGAAGCUGAAGAUGAGGUGGAGGAUGACAACAAGGAUGAGACUGCGGAAGAGGAGGCAUCCUUACCUGAGAACGAUGACGAAGCUGAUGAAAGCGGCGAUGAUGCGACUCAGGAAAAGUCCGCCAGCGAGGAAACGGCAGCAGAACAAACGGAUCCGGAUGAUCCUGCAGGUGAAGAUGAAAGUAUGCCUGAGAAUGAGGACGAAUGCGCUGAGGAAGGGGCAGCUGAAGGAGCACCAGAUGAGAUGGAGCUCCAAGAUGAGACCGCUGGAGUUGCGCAGGCCACAAACCAUGAGACUGAAAAUGAGGAAGAAGAUCCUGGCCUAACAAGUGACGACGGAGAAGACCAAAUGGCAGGCGUGGACGAGGAUGGAGAUGAGCCAGAUGAUGAGGAACCAUCUAAACAUGCGGAGGAGACCGAUGAGCUAGCAACAGAACAGGAAGAAGACAAGGCUGGUGCUUCUUCUCAGGAUGUUGAUGAACAUCCAGAAGCAGAGGAGGCUGACAGUGAAGAAGAUGUUGAUGCUGAAUCUGAUAAUGAAGAGGAGGCUGCAAAGGAAUCUGACGAGGAAGAUCCAGAAGCAGAACCUGAGGAACCUGCAGAAAACAAGGAGUCAGGAGCAACUGGCGAAGAAGAGGAUGUGGAAGCUGAAGAUGAGGAAGCCCCAGAUCCAGGUGGAGUGACACAGGAGGAUGAGCAGACUGAGGAACCUGAGGUUCCCGAUGGCGAUGGUCCGGAUGAUGCAGAAAACGAGGAAGCCAAAACCCGGGAAGAUGAUAAUGAAGAUGAUCGCGAAACCAUUGGGGACACGUUUGAAGUUUCUGAAAAAGAGGAAGAUCAGGGGGAGUCAGCCGACGGGGAAGACGAGGCAGAAUCCGACAACGGCGCGGAGGAGGAAGGAAGCGAGAACUCUAUGCCCGACUGGGCAGCCAAUCGGGAGGCGGAUAAAGCUGUCGCCGGGGAAACCACAUUAGAGGUAAAUAACACUUUGUUUAAAGUGAGCGCCGAGUCUGAGGACGGCGUUUACGCUGACGGAGAAGACUCGGACGUUGAACCCUUAAAGUCAGACGGCAAGUGACUGGAUGCAGUAUGCGGGGUGGUUCUUUAGGCGCGACCAAAAGAACAUACGGGCAUCACAACCACCACCUCCAUAACGAGGCAGCUCUUUGACACAAUCAACUUGAAAACUUGAAGGACAACUUGAAUCCACUUGUGUACUGUAUCGUAACACUCCCACCUGGAACUUCCUUUAGACGCACGCAGCGGCCACAAUAUUAGAUACACCAAAAAAUGUUCUUUGUUCUCCUUACGCAGUCCAAAUCAUGCGGCUUUUGUAUUGCAUCUCGUGAGGUGUACCUAAUAUUGCGGCCAUUGUGUGUACAUUUGCACAUCCAGAAUAUUGUAGGUUUUCCUAUUUGAAAGCAAACAUGCGUUUCCUUUGUUGCGGUUAUAAUACUCUUUAUUUUUCUAGUUAACGUUACUGCAAAGCCAUGAAGAAUUGUCAUUUUGAAUGAUUGCUAAGUACUCCCAUAUGAUUGUUAAAAUGUCGUAGUAGAGAAGAUAACUGUACUGGUUUCAUUGUGUGGGGCGGGUGUUACUUCAGCUGAAUGUACUGCACUUUUUUUGUCUGUGGAAUAAAAUGCAAAUGCACUUUAAAUACUUCAU